GCGUAUUUGAGUUUGAUCCUUUACAGUCGGGAAGCAGGAGUCAAGUGUGCACAAAGCUAACCGACUUGGGAGCCUCCCGGUCUGAGAAAGCUGCACUAAGGCAAAUACACUGUCGGGGAGCCCUAAUAUGCUUCGUUCAGUGUUCAUUUUACUUUGGUUACAGAAUUAUUUGCAAAAUGCAGGGGUUCGGUCCCAGGAAACAACAUCAACGUUUUGCGAUGCUGGGACGUGUUACAGUUUGCAUUUGGAUGUACGCUCCUUUUCAGACGCCGAGAAACUAUGCGAGGACAGGAGAGGAAUGCUGAGCACAAUGGAAAGUCAAAGUGAAGCAGAGAACAUCCAGCGGCUUUUGGCAGCUCAUGUGCCACUCAAAGCACAACGGUAUCACCUAUGGAUAGGACUCCGCAGGGAGGUCAAGCAGUGUUACUAUCCUGACAAACCGCUCCGUGGAUUCUACUGGGUUAAUGGGAAAGACCAUUCCACUUAUAGUCCCUGGAUUGUGGAACCUCAGCGAACCUGCACACAUGAGAGAUGUGUGCAACUUCAAGUGCAUUUCACUAACCGAAUCCAACUGCAAUGGAAAUCCUCUGCAUGCAGCAAAAGAAAUGAUGGUUUCCUCUGCAAAUACCAAAUGUGUGAGCGUCUCAAUGUUGAAUUUGGAGAGGUGGUGUAUCAAAAACCCCGACAGAACGGCACUGAGAUUUUCUCUGCUGUACCCCUAGGUUCAGUGGCUAUCAUCAGUUGCCCCAAUGGCAAGUCUGUCGUUUUGCAGUGUGACCGUGAGAACGGGAAAAUCAAGUGGUCAUCUUCCCAGAACCUGGCAUUCAUGUGCAAUAACUGCUGGAAUAAAACAAAUGAAGGCUCAUGUCAAAAUCGUUGUUUUCAGAUCGCCGAAGACUACUUUUGUUACUGUAACAAGGAUUUUUCCAUAGACCCUGUCCAAAGAAAAUGCGUUCCUAAUGGAAAUUUGGAAAUUGCCUUCAAUGAGUCUUCCAGGAACGGUUUCAAAGGCAUAGAGAGUGUAGCAGCCAACAUUUCUUUUCUUGGAUCGACAUUAGCCACUGAAGCUCCAACAAGUCCCUUCCGGCAACCUGCUGAAAAUUCAACAGUGACAUUUCCCCCAACGUUCAGGGGUGCAGAACAAGAAAGGCAGGAAGCUCAUUCAAACUCGCCCUUCCUAAUAUAUCAGAUCGUCAUCGGCCUCUUAGUUAUGCUGCUUCUGAUCGGGAUUGUGAUAAUAAUUAUUAGGGAACGGGAGAGAGGAGGGACCCAGAAAACAGCACCUAGCGAGGAUGGUAUGGCGCUGAAAAACACAGAUUCUGCUCCUCGAGUGAACAAUAAGGCCGCGGAGGAAACUGUAAUUGUUACAAACGCGAAUCAUUUUGUUGAAACCCCAUCAGCCAGUGAAAACGAAGUUAACGUUCCCAAGGAAAAUGGUGAAAUAAGUGAGUCGUCAGCACAUUGAGGAGCCACGAGGAGGCGCUCACACUACAAUUGCCAUCUCGCACCAACGUGUGUUAAAUGUACAGUAGGCGAAUAUAACUGUUAUAUAACCGGGGGUAAUGCACAAUUUAUCCGUUUUGACAUGAAGGAAGAGUGGAUUUCUUUUAUAACAUUUUUUAAAGGCUACCACGUGUACUUUACUGAACAGGACUAAUGUCCACAAUAGAUCAGGUAUUGCCCUUGUAUAUCAGUGAAUGUACAAUAAAGAAUAACAAAUCAAA